AUGGAAGAUGAACAUGAUCAACAUAAAAUGGUCUUUAAUGAAAAUCACGAAUCUAAAGAGGAUUUUAUUAAAGCAAAAAUAGCAAUUAGAGCACUUAUUCUUGGUAUUAUCAUUGGAUCGACAUUCAUAGCAUCAUUUCAUGUUAAUUUUUCACAAUUAACUAUAUAUUUUACUAUUGUUUCAUUGUUUCAUUUUUUAGAAUUUUGGAUCACAGCACUUUAUAACCCUUUAAACGUAUCUAUUUCAUCAUUCUUAUUUUCUAAUGGAAGUUUAUAUAUUAUCGCACAUUCUUUUUCAAUAUUAGAAUAUUUAUUAGAAUACCUAUUUUUUCCUAAGAUGAAAAUGUACAAAUUAAUAAGUUAUACAGGGUUUUUUAUAACAUGUGGUGGACAAUUAUGUCGCUCAUUAUCUAUGAUUCAUGCUACUCAUAAUUUUUCACAUAAAAUAUCAUUAAAAAAAAGUGAAGAUCAUUUUCUCGUCACAGAUGAUGGAUUCGUCAUCCAUCCUAUUUUGGAUUUUUUUACUGGGCAAUAG